AUGGUGAAUUCAUUGAAAUCAAAAUGCACAUCAGCCAUGAAUUCCAUUGAAGAACUGCUGAAGCAAAAGCCAGAACUGAAACAACCCUUAACCGAGUGUUGGGCCAAAUACGAUGCAUCAAUAAUGAGUGUGGCGAUUCUGGAUGCGAUUGAGGCUGCAACCAAUGGGGAUGCAGGGCUUGGUGAAGAAAGCAUGGAUGUUGUCACCACUUCUGCUCAUCAAUGUGAUGAUGGAUUUAAGCCAUCUCCAUCUCCUUUGGUUGAUGCCAAUCGGAUUGUUUGUGAUGUUGCUGCUGUCGUGGAGGGGAUGUUUACCGUGAUGCGUUAA